UCCCACUCCACUUCUUCUUCUCUUGUAUUACUUACUCAACCCUCUUAUACGCUACGAACUUAUGCAUGUCUUAUCACGUCCUCUUUAUUUUCCUUUCUGAUUGGAUUACCCUGGGAAACGGAAACAAACGGAACGCGGAAAGGAAUGGAGUUACGGGGCCAACUUUUGUUUUUGAUCGCGGAUACCUCUUACCCUGUUGUCGCUAUUAUCUUAUCUUUGUUUGUUCUUCGUUGUAUUUAUGAAGGUACCACGCGGGGAACUGGCUCCUGCGCAUCUCGGUUGUUGUUGUAUGUACGUCACUUGUCUGUUUGUUUUUGGACAGGAGGUUUCAGGCUUGGGUUCGGCCUGUGUGUGAUAGGGGAACCUGGUGUCUGGGCUACUGCGGGUGUAAUGUUUCGCGGACGAACAGGAACCUCCCGUUGUAUGCUGCCAGAGUUGCUUUUUCACCCCAUUGUAGUCGCUUUUUCCGGCAAGCGACAUGCGCAGUACGGAACCGUAGCUGUCGCAUUGCUACCGGAAGAGAGUGGGAAUGAGAGCGAGCGCUGGGCAUCUUUGGAAAAAGGGGGAUGAUACCGCUAUACAAUACUAAACACAUUAUGCUUUAUUCAUGUUCUCUCCUGAUUCCUUCUCACAUGUACCCUGUUCUCCAUUUCGCCUUGUUACAUCCCGUUUGUCGCAAAAGUCGAACCCGUCGCAGUCAAACUCGAAGCAAAAGUGCG